GGCGCCUCCCGGCGGUAGCGGGGCUUCAAUGCGACGGCCUGACCUGAGCGCCGGCCAUGGAGCCGCAGAAAGAGGCGCGAACGCUGUGCGAGACCGUAGUGCGGCCGCCUGGGGCCUCGCGGUGUCAGACGCCGAACGAGGAGGCGCCGGCGGCGGCUGCUUUGGACGCAGAGGCGGGCGGCGCGUGUGCGGACGGGCUGUGGGAGCUGCCCGUGGAGCCGGCUGAGCGGAGGCCCGAGUGCAGCCGCUGCAGCCGGCCUCAGAAAGUGUGCUUGUGUCCAUUUCUACCAGUGCACCCUUUGCAUAUCUCCACCCACUUGUACAUAAUUCAGCAUCCAGCAGAGGAAAACAAAGUGUUGCGGACAGUUCCUCUACUAGGAGCAUGCCUCCCCCAGGACAAGUGUAAAGUAAAGAUUGGUCGUCGCUUCAGCGAAGAAAGAGAUCCUGAACUUUCAACUGUUUGCCGGGAGUCUGGUACAUUAAUAUUAUAUCCAGGGGCUGACGCUGCUAAUUUGGAAGAAUUUAUAUUAGAUUCUCCUGUUUACCCUUCCACAAUCAUCAUCAUUGAUGGUACAUGGAGCCAGGCUAAGGACAUUUUCUAUAAGAAUUCCUUGUUCCGACUUCCCAAACAGGUGCAGUUAAAAACUAACAUUUCUAGUCAGUAUGUAAUUCGGAUGCAACCAACUAAUAGGUGCCUUUCUACACUGGAGUGUGCAGCUGUUGCUCUUUCAAUCUUGGAGAAAAAUAGUUAUAUACAAGAGACUUUGCUUCGCCCUCUUCGAGCCUUAUGUUCUUUCCAGCUUCAGCACGGUGCUCAAAUUCGCCUCAGCAAAGAACACCUUCUGAAAAAUGGAUUAUAUCCUAAGCCAAUGCCAAAGAACAAACGCAAACUCAGGAAAAUGGAACUGUUAAUGAAUAGUGUUAAAAUUUAGUACAGUUCUAUGGUGCUAGUUUACUUGUCUUUAUCUGAGGAUACCCAGUUAAGUUUCCAUGCAGUUUAGAUCUGUGGGUUUUUAACUUUCUGAGGAAGAAUGAAAGUUACAUACUAAUCUUGCCAGAAGAAGGAAGUAAACCAAAUAGCCAUAAAAACAACAAAAAAUUUCACUGGCUCAGCAAAAAGCAAGAGUUCAUACUGUAUUUGUUUUUAAAAAUGUGCCUCUAAAACAUGUUUUUAAAUCCAUAAUUUAAAAUAUGAUUAAUUGUUGAGCUGGGUUAGAAGUUCUUGCUAUAAAAUGGAAGGAAGUCAUGCCUGAUUGGAACAGUAUUGUUUCCGUUAAUGUUUAUGGAUAAUUAGGUGUAGAGCAAUAAUAGAGAUAUCUACAUCAAUUUACAAUCAAGUACCUGAACUUCAUAGUUUAAAAUAAGUAGCAAAAGAAAACAGUAGUUUAGAUUCAACUUACUUAUUUUAUAAAAUAGUAUAAAAGAAUAAGGAAACUUUAAGUAUUCUUUAGGGGCUAAACUUGACCUCAGCUAAUGUGAUUUAAGUGAUCUAUUAAUUGCCCUAAUUUUUAAAGAGGUGCAUGUAAUUUUGAAAUCACAUACAUUUUCAUUUGCAAUCACUCUGGAUAAAUUUUUAUUUUUCGUUGUAUUCAUCUGUAUGAGUUUUGAGUAUUUACUGAACAGGUUUAUUGAUUGUGGUAAACUGCUUUUGUUGAAGUUUUUAUAUGGAAAAUAACUAGAAUAUAAUACAGCUGUUACUUUGAGAACAUAUUUCUGUAAGUAGGGCUAUUUAAAUCUUUUUUAAUGGGCAAAAACUUUUAAUUCGAAAGAACAAAUUCCCCCUGCCCUAUUGGGAACAUAUUUGCUAAGAUUUUGUAUUGAAUAAGAGACGUGUGUGUAAUGUAAAUUUAUAUCCAACUGCAAUUAUGUACAAAUUUUCACAAGAAAUGGGGACUUUCUUUUGGUCUUUAUGAUUUCUAGAGUUUCCUGUAUCCAGUGUUAAGUUGUAAGGAAAAGCUAAACAUGUAUUUUAAAAGCAAGCUUGAUAAAUAUUUGUGUGUGUGUGAGAAACAUGAGCAUACACCAGUGGUUGUUUCUGACAGUUGUUAUGCUUAUUUAUUUGUUUAUUUUUACCCUGGAUUAGACCCUAAUUAAAAAGCUAUAAUGCUGGUCACAAUUAGAAUGCUAAUAUUUGGGGAAACUAUGCAGAAAACAUUUUAAAAUAUUAAAAGUUAGAUUUCUGUC